AUGGCUGAGACUCCCGACGUCGAGCUGCCCGAGCAACUGCGCUCCCUGGCCAUACUCGUAGAUGAGAAGCCGGAAUCUCUUGCCUUCAAUGACAAAACGUUGGCCGACACCGCGCUUGCUGCCGCCAAAUAUCUUUUCGACCUCGGUGUAGCCUCGGAAGAGAAGUCUGGGCCAUGCAUCGGCGAUCUUCUCUCGUCCUUCAGCCCCGCAGAGGCCCCACAGACCCGCUCGCAAACACGCGCAAGCGGCAAGCGCAAACGCGAGCCUUCGCCUCCUCGCGAGCGCCCGACGCUCCAGCGCACUUCCAUUCCUUCCCUCUUCACCGACGGCAUGGACGACGACCAGCUCUGGGCUCAGCUCGAACUCCGCUCUUCCAACGUCUGUCGAACACUGCUGCUCGCUCUGCAAGGCGCAGGCGAGGACGUUGAGCUCGAGUCUGAGCCCGACGAGCUUCCCAAGAAGCGCAAACUAUCUGCAGAUGGGGAGGAUGCGAUGUUGGAAGAGGCGGAGCUUAUGUCUCUGGACGAUGAAUCUGACGAGGACGACGAGAGCGAAGAGGAGAGUGAGGAAGAGAGUGAGGAUGGGGAGGGAGGCGACCUUGGCGAGAGUAUAACGCCCUUACGCGAUCCUUCGGACGACGAAGACGAGGAACUCGAGCCAUCACGACCAUCCAAGAUACCACGCCUGACACUCAAGGGUCCCCGACCUAGAGCAGGUGCUCAUCCUGAGCUCGAUGAUGGCUUCUUCGACCUCGCAUCCUUCAACGCUGAGACGGAAGCCGCCGAGGCCAGGUCAUCCUCACGCGGCCGUCUCAGUCGAGACUCGGACGAUGAAGAUGAGGAAGAGGAUGUCGAUAUGUUCGCAAACGUUGACGGUCCAAUGGCGUUGGAUGAGGAGGAGGGUGCGGGCGGUGAGGCAACAUAUGCGGAUUUCUUUGCACCCCCUGCAAGAACACCUGCAAAACCGAAAAGGGCUAAUGGUCCCUCACCACCACGUCGACAAUCCAAAGUGCGCUUCCAUGAAGAGGUGCGCGUCAAAAGCAUCAAAGCCCGCGGGAAGAACUUGCCGUUGUCUACAAUGGAUGCACCGGACGAAGACGAAGAGGACGAGGAGUUUGACUUCAGCUUCGACGGCGAUGAAGACGAGGACGGCGACUAUGAAGGCGGGCUCGACGAUGAUGAGGACGAGGAGGGCGAAGGUAGCGAAGGGGUCGAAGAGGAGGAGUUCUCCGGGUUUGGUAACGUGGAAGCAGACUCAGAGGAGGAUGACACGGACGAUGCAGAGGACGAGGAAGGAGAGUUUGAAGGGCGGAAUAUGAUGGACCGUCUGCAAAACGAUCUGUUUGCAGACGACGAUGAAGAGGAGGACAACGACCUCACAACCUAUCAGAAACGUCAAGCAGCAUUGCAAGAACAGAUUACUGCUCUCGAGCAGGAGAACAUUAGCAAGAAGGACUGGACGUUGAUGGGCGAGGCGACUUCUCGCUCCCGACCUAGCAACUCUCUCCUCGAGGAGGACCUCGAGUUUGAGCGCGUGAUGAAGGCCGUCCCGGUUGUCACCGAGGAAGUUGUACAACGUCUCGAGGAUAGAAUCAAAGCUCGCAUCCUCGAGAACCGGUUCGACGACGUUGUCCGGCGCCGCGCAGUUGAUGAGAAGCCAUUCCUCCCUUCGCGUUUCUUCGAAUUGCAGGACACCAAGUCAAAGCAGUCGCUUGCGGAGAUCUACGAGGAUGAGUACACCUCCGCACAGACUGGCACUUCUACGGACGAUCGCGAUGGAAAGCUCAAGAAGGAGCAUGAGGAACUCGAGAAGAUCUGGGAAGGUAUUUCCUACAAACUCGACGCUCUUUCCAACGCACAUUUCACCCCCAAAGCUCCCAAAGCUACCAUCACCACCGUCACCAACGUUGCAUCCGCCAGCAUGGAAUCCGCGCUGCCUACAGCCAAAUCUGCCGCAACUAUGCUCGCGCCUGAGGAAGUCUAUCAGCCCGCAUCCGCGUCAGCUUUGCGAGCUAAGAGCGAACUCACGCCCGAGGAGAAGCGCACAAUGCACAACAAGCAUAAGAAGGCCCGGAGAAAAGCCCGUGAUGCGCUGGAAACCGGUGUAGACAAAUGGGCGAAGUUGAACGGGAAGAAGGGCGUCAAGGCGGAGAAGGAGGCUGCCCUGAAGUCCGUGGUCAAACAUGGCAAAGGCGUCACUGUGGUUGGCAAGAAGAGCCAAGACAGCAAGAAGGGUGGCAAGAAGGCGUAG